CCGCCUCCCCCCGUCCCCGCCUGCUACGCCCCCCGGCCUGCGGCACCGCCCGCCGCUCACCUGUGCCGGCCCCAGCCCCGCUCCGCUCCCCCGGCGGACGGGAGGGGCCCCGCGCCGCCCGCCCCGCCCCCCCCGCACCUGUCCGCCCGCCGGGCUGGCCCUCGCCUCCGCCCCGCCGCCAGCCCCGUCCCGCGCUCCCCGAGGGCGGGGGGGCGCACGGCGCGGCCCGGCCCGGCUCGGCCCGGCCCUGCCUCCCCGGGCCGCGGAGGCCGGCAGCCAAUCGGAGCGGCGCUGCCGGGCCGGAGCUGUUUACCCAAUCUCAGCCCGCCUCCCCGUCGGGGAGCCGCCGAGGGGGGAGCGGGCGGAGGGGGGCACGGCGGAGGCAGGGACGCGGCCGAGGCGAGGGAGCCGCAAGGGGAGCGGAACAAAGCGCGAAGGCGCGGCGGGGGCAGAUGACAGCCUGGUCCGCGGGCUCCCCUCCCGCCUGCGUGGCCCCGGCGGGGGCACCCCGCGCUCGUACCUGACCAUGACCCCGCGCCGGCCCCGGCUGGGCCACCCCGGCGUUUCCCGCUGAAGGGACCGGCUCCUUUCCGACUUCCCUCGCUCCCUUCCUCCUCCGCCUCCUCGCUGCUGAGGCUGCUGCCUCUCCCCGGAGCCCUGCCGGAGUGAUGGGCUGCAUCGGAUCCCGCACUGUGGGAAACGAGGUGAUUGCAGUAGACUGGAAGGGACUGAAAGAUGUGGACCAAAUCAAUAUGGACAGCACCAGUUCACUGCAUGGCAGCAGCUUCCAUCGACCUUCCACUGAGCAAACACGGACAGAUUUCUCCUGGGAUGGUAUCAAUCUCUCCAUGGAAGAUACGACCUCCAUCCUCCCCAAGCUGAAACGCAACUCCAAUGCUUAUGGGAUUGGGGCUUUGGCUAAAUCAUCUUUCUCUGGCCCCUUAGGGAUAUCUCGCAGCAUGAAGGACCAUGUCACAAAGCCAACGGCUAUGGGCCAAGGCCGUGUGGCUCACAUGAUUGAAUGGCAAGGCUGGGGCAAAGGUAACAGCCAGCAGCAGCAGCACACUCAUGAGACAGCACGCAAAGACGCUGAUGCCUACUCAGACCUGAGUGAUGGUGAAAAGGAGGCCCGGUUCCUUGCAGGAGUGAUGGAACAAUUUGCUAUUUCUGAGGCAACUCUCAUGGCCUGGUCCUCCAUGGAUGGUGAGGAUGUGAGUGUAAACUCAAAUCAGGAGAACCCAGCAGGCAACUACUCUGAGAACUAUCAGGAGCUAAUGGAGAGCCAAGAGCAUAUGGCCCAGACGCAGUAUGAUAGCUGGCCUCAUUCCUACGUCUCGCAGGGCAUGUAUUGUUUAGGUUCAUCUGAUGCCUGGGAGACCAGUGACCAGUCCCUCAUCGCUUCCCCAGCAACUGGCUCCUACUUAGGCCAGAAUUUUGAUGAGUCCCAGACAAACCUUCAGGAAAGCAUUUUAAUUCAGAGCAGCCUUCUCCAGCAGCAACAGCUGCAGCAACAGCGGCAGGAGCAGAACUUCAUCCAGAGCACGGGGCUGGUCCACGUGUGGCCCCUGCAGACUGCUCAGGGUGGGGGUGGGGCUGAGUCCAGCACAUACAUGGAGGACCACAUUGAGGAUGAAGGGAACCCACGGCUGGAGAAGGCUCCUCUCCUAAACAAGAAGCCCUCUCCAGAGGAGGAUGAUGCAGUGUGCCGGGACCUGGAAUCACUGUCUCCUCGAGAGGAGAUGGAACAUGCUGCACUGAGCCGCAAAGUCUCAGAUGUCACCUCCUCUGGGGUGCAGUCCUUUGAUGAGGAAGAGGGAGAAACAAACAACUGAUGCUUUCUGUGAAGUUCUCGUCACUGCUGAAUAAAGAGAGGGGUGGCAAGGAAUGAAAUUACAGGGAUUCUUCUCUCCAGCUCCCCAUACUUCCGAGCAGACACACCUUCCAUUCCUGACGUUUAAUUAUUUUUUUAAAUGAGAGGAAAAUCUCAAAGUGAUUGACACACGAAGACCUCUUCUUCCCCUCCGCCGUGGACUAGUAUUUUUGAUUUUCAUUGCUCUGGGCAACACAUGUGAGGUGCUUGGAGAGAUCUGGAUUGGUAAAUCAUUUCUAAAUCUUUUUAAUACAGUCUUGGCUGUGGAUACAAACUCUUCUGGUACUGGGGAUGUGGUUGAUGAGACAGGCUUGGUAUAGGGAGUGGUUAUGUGGCUAGAAUCCAUCCUGACAGAAUGGAUGUUGCUCUGUGGACAUGGUCCCCUUUGAUAGAAUAUAUAAAUAUAAACUGGUUUAAAAUGAAGAUAUAUAUGAAAUAUAGAUUGCACUAGUAUUGUGAUUGUGGCUUAUACAGAGGAUAAGGCUGUAUUUCAUACAGAUGGUACUGAGAUGAAAGAUUUGCUGUGUAACCAGAUCCUCAAUAGCACCUUGAUAUGAAAUUGUAGGCUCGAUGGAUACAAACUGCACUCCAUGGGCACGGGCUGUGCUGCAGUACAGAUGGUGUGGCUCUGUGGGCAUGGCUCUGCUGUGGCAUGGAAGAAUGGAUGCAGAUACAAAUCUAACCCUGCUCUCAGAUAUUCAUGCUUUGGUCUCUUUCUAAUUUUUCAUUUAUUUGUUUCUCUCUUUGACAUUUCUACCUUCCCAGGAGCUGGCAGGAGUGGUGUGUCCUUUUGGCAUUGGGCACUGGAUGCCAGUGGAAAGGACAUUUUCAGCUACAGAGACAGUCAUAAAAAGCUGACUUUUGCAGGGGGCUUGAGAACAUGUCCAUCUUGGUGCUGCUGCUGUAUCCUUCUGUCUUUUCCCUUGCUGGCAGUCUGGGAAGACCCAGAGAGUAGGCAGCAGAUCCAGGAACAGUGUGUACAGCUAUGAGAUCACAGAUAUCCAGUUUACAUUGGAGUUUUCAGUUUUUGCUUUUUUUUAACCGUGUUAUAUUGCUGGGUAAGUGUUCCUAACAAAGCAGUUAAUAGUGGGAAAAGCCUGUACUCCAGUCAUCACUUAACAGAAAUAACUGCACCUUUCCCUUUUCUGCCACUCCUUCUGCAAUUCCAAAUGUAGCUGGAGGAAAAGGGGUGAGAGGAAGUUUUCUCCUCCUAUUUAUUUUCUUCUCUUAUUUUCCUACCCUAAGCAAUGUAAAUAAUGCUCAGUACUUGGUCUGUUUGUUUUUCCCUCCCAUCUCUUUUUUAGGAGUGGAGAAAGCUGAUUUCAGGAGUUUUCCCUAUUUGUACGGGUUCUAUAUUUUUUUGUGAAAAAAAUAUGGUUCAUUGACUACGGGGAAUUUGGUCUCUUGCAAUUCCUCGCCAUGUUUCUACAGACCACCUUUUGGGGGGAGAGGUUUUGGAAGGAAAUUAAACAAACUGUCUCCUUUCCAGCUCUCACCAGAGAAUAAACAGGGGCAAAAGCAAAAUUUGUACAAGGCUAUCGAUUUUCCUGGAGAACUGAACAGAACCAGCAGAGAUUACCCAAGUGCUGAGUUUUAAUUGCAAUACCUCUUGCAAGGAAGCAUCAGCAAAGCGUUGAUUUAGACCAGAUUCUAGAUCUGAUGAGCUAGAGAAAGGAUUUUGCCUGGACACUGCCAUACUGUCCCGGGGGCAACUCUUUCUCGCUUACUCUGACUCGUAUCUACUCUGUUUAAUUCAUGGUACAUUUGUCUCUUCUUUGCCUCCUCUUCAGGCUUGGUGUAUUUUUUGGAUGACAGGAGAGUGAUACAUGUUCCUUUCCUGAUUCAGGCUUAGUCCCAGCGUAUUUGCAGGGAAGAAUGUCUGAGGAGAAUAGAAUGUGACUGAAGUAAUAUCAUCAAGUGUCAGAGUUCAGACAGCUCCUGGCAAGCAAAGCAGAUGAUGUCCAGGAAUUAUGAAACGUAUGAAUGGGACUCUCAGGUAGAACUUUACCCCACACAGCUUUCUCCCACUUACACAGGCAGCUGCAUGAAGAGGGCCUCCUCUAUGAAUGCCCAAGUCUUUCCAGCCAAGUCCACUUCAAGCGGAUCUGUCUUCCCUAUCCAUUGCGCCUGUAAAGGAAAGACCUUUGGGAUAUUUAAGUAAGACUGGUAUUUUGGUGUAGGUAAGAGAUAAAAGUUUUUGUGACCACUUUUUUUUACCCAUCUGCUUGGGCUUGCUUACAUCUCUCUAAGGAGGUAGCUCUUCUCCUGAAUGAUGACCUUUCAGUAUCUCUUUAAAGAUGUUUACACAUUCAGGUGCUAACCUCCCCUGGGCAGGAGGUCUUGAUGAAGAUGAUCUCCUACAGUUCUUGCAGGGCCAGUGCUAGCUCAUUGUCCUGAAUUGGUUUGGGUCUAGCCAUGAAGGAGGGCCUAGGAAAUCACACUAGCCAGAACAGGGAGAUGGGGCAAGUGCUAAGAGCACCUCAGCAGAUGACGAAUGACUAAGUGUUAACCUUUUCUUAUUUCUUUUUUAAAAAGCCUUCAGGGAAACAAAAAUGGUCGGGUAUGUUCCUUUGUGAGAGAAGAUUUGGGUGGCUUGUUGCUUUUUUCUCCAAACCAUUUUGUUCCCACGUGCCUCUCCAGGACCAAUCUGGAUGUUUACGGUAACUUUCAGAGUAGCUUCUAAUGAUCCCUCUGUGUUGUUUACAGGAUUGGGGCAAGUGGGUCAACUUGUCCAGGGCUUCUUUUUCUUUUAAUGUGGACAUGUGGUACGUUUACUAAGAUGUCUGAUUGAUGUCUAAAAGAUGUACAUUAUCACCAUGCAAGGCAGUAACAGGGAAUUAUCUACAUUGGAAAAAAUGUGAAAAAAAAAAUAAUUGACCUUAUAGAAAAAUUCUAUGGAGUUCGAUAGGAAGAGAAACCUAUCUAUAGAGUUUUCUAACCUCUGUAGAAUGGGACAGAGAAUAAUACCCUGCUGUGUAAUUCCAUAACCUGAUCUCUAGAAACCUGUAGAUAGACUCUCAUUCUCUGUGAAUUCAGGCUGGUUUGAACACUACACUCUAUAAAAACUUUGAAGCUUACUGAAUUCUAUGAAAUUUUUUCAUAAAGGUCUUGGCUUUCUGUGAAUAAUAAAAUUUCAGCCUUUUUCUGGAAAAAAAAAAAAAAGAAAGAAAACGAAAAAGGCUAUUUUCCAUGACCUCUCCACAAUCCAAAAGAGAAAAGUAUCUACCUUUGCCAGGAGUUUGACUGGAGAGAGCAGGUCUGCCCAUCCACACUUGAUACCUGAGUGAGCUUCCUGAGCUGAACUGGAAAGGCAGUUUGAAUCUCUUUGAAAAUGGAAAACGGUUUGUAUAACCUGGCCUUUUCUUAUGUAACAGGCCUACUGCUUCUGCGUAUCCAAUAUCAGAGAGAGGGACAUGGAACCUACUGUACAUUUCCCAGCAAAGUGGUUAUAUAGGUACACCUAUUCAAGCAUAUGGAAGGCACAGGUGCUCUGUGAGCAAAAUUUGGCCUGCAGAUCCUUUAUCCUGGUGAGGAAGGAUGAGUUGGAGAGAGUCCAGCCAAAUACUCAGAGCCCAAAUUGAAUUUCUGAGGCUGAAAAUAAGAAGGAAAGGUAAGCUCAGUAUCCAUGAUCUACAGUUACUAAGAAACUGAGCCCUGCUGUUCACUUACACAAACCUUUUGUAAAGCAGAACUGCACUACAUAAAAAAUUUGGAUUUGCUUAAAGCAGCAAAGGUAGAAGAUUCCCAUCUUUCCCCCCAAGCCUUUGUCUUGAACAGGCACUUGUUGAAAAUAUUGUGCUGAAUAUGAAGGAAGGCUUAAACACAACUAAUUGAAAAAGAUCUCAGAUUCCACUGCAAGAAAAUUCUUUCUUGUUCCUUUUCCUAUGAUUGCUCAUAUCUGAUCAGUUACACUAUUUCAUAAGUUUUUCCUUUAUAUAAAUCUUAAGCUUUCUUUAUAAGCCUUGUGAGUUCUCUUCAACUCCAUUACCUCAGGCUCUGGGAUGGAGAAGUCAAUCUGCUUCUUUCAGUUUCUGUGCCUCUAAAUCUUCUUCUUCUGGGAAGCUGCUGAGAAGUCACCCACUUGUUCUUCUCCCUUAGAAACUUUAACAUCACCUUUCGUGAUAGGCUUGCAGCAGAGAACAGAGUUUAACCGUACCUCUAAGCCAAUCAAAUGGUGAGCUGCUGUGAAGGAGGCAGCCCUCUGCCCUGGCUGUGCUCACCUCCCACAGUUCUUGUGCAGAUGCUGAUGCGCAGCUGACCCCACAGCAAGCCAGUGCACUUUCACCCUAUUGUAGAAGUGAAGAGGGAGCAGCUGUGACCAGAGGGAGAGAGAGCACUGUUCUCAGCAGCUGGCCUUUAUAUCAGGUUAGGGAAACUGGGAAAGUGCACUUUGAAAUGUCAUCUUCAUUAUGAGUUUAAGCUGCUAAAAGGAGCUGUCAUGCCUUCUCCCUUCUGAAGCUGUAUACUUGUACUGCCUAGGAAGCACCAGUGCUAACACUCCUUUGGCUGCUCAGGAACUGGCCCCAUUGAAAACUAACCCAGUCCCCUAUCAAAAUAAGGGUUUCAGUGGGAUCAGCCCCUUGUAUUUUUUCACUUGGUGAGGCAAGCAUCACUGAGGGCUGGUGAAACAUGCAGAUGGUCAUGCUGAAGAAUAUUUAUUUGGUUGCAGAUGCAACCUAAGUUGUCUUAAGCUGGCUGUGAAAUAUCUGUCUGAGAAUAAACCCAGCUGGGGUACCAGGGAGGACAUAUUCCCCCUUCCUUCCCUAGUGUUUUCCUUUAGAAUUUCUAGUAUGCUUUUACCUGACUUGGUCUUUGUUGUUAUUUAAUGCCCUGUUAUUUCCCUCACUAUUUCCUCCACUUCCACAGGCUCCUUUGAGAUAAACCCUUGCAAUCAGGCAGGAGGAGAUGAGUAACUUGAUAUACUCAUGGAAUUAAUAAAUUUAACAUGCACAAAUCUCAUGCACUCAGCGAUUGCACUCCAUGGCAGCUAAGAUACUGGUAAGUCUUCUCCUGUAAUUGCAAGAGGCAGAGCCUUGCGCAGGAGUGAAGCACAGCUGUUGGAGGUGAGGUUUAUCCCUGUCUUUAAGCCAGUUGCAAUCUACUGUGAAAUCCAGAAUGGCUCUUCACACAACACAGAUAGGAAGCUUCGUGGCAGACUCCAGGCAGAAUGGGCUCAGGUACAGAAUUGCUACACAAGCUGUAGCUCCAGGAUUGGUGCAGCUUAUGGUAGUCCUUAGUCCAAGCCAUACUUCUUUCUGUAAGACAGAGGGAUAGGAAAGAGACCUCCCUGAAUUUAGGCACCCACUGGCUUCUUUUUCAUCAUCUUUGAAAAACUGCACAAUAUGCUUAAUUCUUUGGGGUAAUCAUAUAAGAAAUGCACCAAAUAAGAACUUAGUUAUUGUCCAGAUGAAAUUAAUGUGAGUUCUGUUCUCACUGGAAACCCAAAAUAUCUAAAUUUAGCUCAGUUUGCCUUAACCGUUGUAUUGGUAAUUGCCUAGAAGGAGAAACAAACUAAAAUAAUUCCAUCUCUAAAUGCUGUAGAGAGCAGAUCAAUGCUGGCCUAGUCUAAGCUCUUCUUUCAAAUUUCUCCCAGAUGGAAUUUCCCACGUUCCUUGUUCAGAGAACUCUAAUGUGUCAUUUCCCUUAAACAAACUGUUUAAUUUUUUCCAAAAGAAAAAGGAAAAGAAAGGAAAGAAAAAACCAAAACCUUCCACUCCAAUAUAGAGAUUAUCUGUAAGGGCUGGUGUCCUUACAUCUAGAAAAAUAUAAAUGAGUAACAAUUUCAUCUUUGAUUCUCCUCCCCUGUAGCAAUCUGACAGGGAAAGAUUUCUAUGCCAUGGCUCAGGGAAAGGAAAAAUAAACAGGGAAAACGUGAGUAAAGUAGUGCCUAUUAGAACUCAAUGUGCGUGUAGGACAGCCUACAAUCAUUAAAGCACAGUCUCAAAUACAAAUGCAAGCUGUAAAGUCAACAUCAGGUGCCUCUUUUGUGUCAUAGGCUUUUCCCAGGCUAAAUAGUGGUGAACCUGCACAGGAGCAGAAGAGAACAGCUGGACCAGAUCAAUGUCUCACUUUGUCUCAGAACAUGCUGUGGAGCCUGGGCAAGGCUGUUGGGGACACUAUGCUCUCUCAGCAUCACAGCCAGCUUCAUGAAUUGAUUGGGGUUGGGAUGAAGACACAUGGUUAUUAUGUUAACAAAUGGACAUGGAAGACCUGUGCUUAGAACAUUAGGGUCUAUUUACAUCCUUGCACUGACAUUUUUCCCCAGCAUAGGCAGAACAAAGUGUUAUCUUUUCCCUGGAAAUCAAGAGAAGCUCUAUGAUUGUCAGUGUUGGUCCGCACAAAAGAAAAUAAAUAUGUGAUAUAUUUUUCCAGUGAAGAUACGCAUUGUUGGAGGAGGAAAAAUUUAGUCAGGCUGUGACUCUCUGAGAAAGAGUAUGUUUACUAAAACUGUAAAGACUUGUUCAAGAAUGUUCUCAGUGCAGAUACUGUAGAAUCAUAGAAUGGUUUGGGUUGGAAGGGACCUUAAAGAUCAUCUAGUUCCAACACCUCUGCCAUGGGCAGGACUUACCUACUGAUGAGUAGUAGCUGCUGUCUUCUAGGAAGAGAGGGGCUGCAGUGUUCUGUGGAAAGACUGCUACUGAGGAUCUUCCUCAUCUCCUUUGACUGGGGACAUUUUAAAUGCCCUCUGAAACCUAGUCUUGUUUUUGCUUUCCCAUAAGGGAUCAAAUGUCCAUGCAAGACAAAAUCAUCUAAAAAGACUUUUCUCCAUUAUGGAGACAAGAUCGUGCACCAAGAUUUGCUUCUAAUAAGAUAAAGGCAUCUAGUCCACAUUCACUGGCCUUCUGGAUUCAUUUUCAUUGGGCAUGGAAAUCCAGUCAUGAGUUGGAGGUCAAAAGGUUAAGAACCCUCUUCCAGUGUUCUGCCACGUUCCCAUGAGGCAAGUACAGGUGGACUUCCCUUCUUUUCAGAUAAUGCAUGUGUGAGCAAUGUAGCAAGCCAAAAGCUCUUUUGCAGGUAUAUAUUCUUGUUUGGCUUCAAUUUUUCUUGUCUGAUUUGUGGAUGUUUUGCAUGAUUGGAGGUCUCUGGGAAUCCCUACACUAUAAAAUUGGGACUCAAAAGUAAUUUUACAGGGAGCAGGAUCUCUUUUCAGCUCUUUUCAGAUAUGGGAGCGUACAGACUGAGGAUUUGGGAGGUACAAGGGUGGUGGAUGGGAGUCUCAGGGGUGGCAUGUGGAAUGGAUUCCUGAAGCAUGUUUAAAAGUAACCAAAGGCUUGGGUCUUCAAAUGUUGUAUUCUCAGUAUCUGAAACUGCUUUAGCAUAAACAUAUGGGACAACGGAGGUUGCUGCAAAGCAAUUUUAAAGAGCUUCCCCCAAGCCUGUACACAUUUGCUGUAGGGGGGAGGCUGCAUGGUGAUUAUAUGUAUUCUUUCAAGCUAGUGUUUACAGAGGUGCAUUGAUGUUUGAGGGGAAGGUACUGAAUAGAAGUAAAACACAAAGGGAAAGGACCCACUAUUGAAAGCUUUCAUCCUUACCUUGUCCCACACUAGCCCUUAAUAAGUAAAAUGAGUCUGAUUUGCCUUUGGUCUUCCAGCUCCAAAACAUGUUUGCCUGAAAAUUUUUGUUGGAUAUACUUCGCAUGUUUUGAUAAUGUGACUUAUGAGAUAACACUUCUACAAAGAUAUAUAUAAAGACAUACAUGUACAACCACAUACAUACAUGUACACACACUACAUAUAGACUUAGGAAACUAUAUGGCGCUAUACACCCCCAUGCCUGUGUGUGGCAGCAACCACAGUAAAGGAGGGGAGGUAGCUCAAAAUAGCAUGUACAGUCCUUUAUGGAGUUGUUAUUAAACAGAAUGUGGUCUUGCCAUCCUCGCUGGUGGAAGUGUUUUAUUUCUGUGGGACUGGUUCCAGGGGAGCUGCGUCUGAGAAAUGAGGAUCCUAGGAAGACGGGGUGGGUCUCAAUGAGAUAGUCUGAUGGAGGACAUUGAAAAGGAUCCAUGGUGGCUUGGAGAAGCAUUUGAGACUAGGAAAUAUAUGAUACACUAUUUCUCAUUAAGAAGAUAAGAACAUCACAUAUUUGACUAUACAGGGCUAAAAAUCUCAUGUGUGCCUAUAGCUACCAUGACACAAAUCCCAGGCCAUUGUGGCAGAUUUGAUGAUAGACAGCAUCACAUCAAUGGGAUCCUUUAGUUUAGCCUAGAGUGAGUUUUCCUGUUACACUGAAACAGCAUUUUCCAGAUGAUACAUGUAAGUUUUGUCCCAAUAUUGGUGACAUGCAGACACAUCUGGUACAGAGUUGGACAGAAGUUUCACAACAGGACACAAGGACAGGACACAAAGCAGAGUCUGAUACUGGGUUGUAAAAGGCACUGACACUGGGUAGCAAGACUCUGGGUUCACAUUUCAGUUUUAAAUUGGUGCUUCUCAGCCUGCUGUCCUCAUAGCAGGUUGGGGAAUUGGAUGGCCCAGAGGGAAAGGAGCAUCUCCGCACUUCCAACAUUGCUGUGUCAUCUCCUUCUGAUUUAGGCCAGAUCCAGUAGCGCUUGAGAAUAUCUACCAUAUGAGGAUUUAAAAUUCUAGCCAUAAAAGAUACCUAUUUCCUUGUGAAGAUAGUUGCACUUCUUCACUGGUUCUUGGAGGGGCUAAGCAGUGUCACUUGCCCUGCUUAAGGCAUACUAUAUUUCACAAUCAGGGCUGUUUAACUGAUCUUUGCUUUCUGUAUUCUAUUUGAAGUUAAUUUGCUUCCUUCCAGUUUACCUGCCUUUGCUACUGAAUAGAUUCCCCCCUACCCCUUGGUAUGUAUGUCUGCAUAAUUAUGUUCAUAUAAUUAAUUGUGACUUACUAAGACACAAAUACUUAACUCCUUUAGGCUUUUGUUUUUGGGUUUUUUUGGUCAAUCCUGUAAGUCCCCUAGUACUUGCUCCUGAUUUUUUUUUUUCCAAAUGGCCUCUAAAUUGUCCCCCCCCUUUUUUUUUUUUUUGAAACAUAGUGUGUCAAAUGAAAUCAGUUAUUCCACAUAUGUUUAAGACUUGAGUCCAUGGGAAAAUAACAUAUCUCUGGGCCUGGAAGUCGUACCUCUGCAUAGGAAAAAUGUCUUUUUUUCUUGAUUUCACAUUAUGGUACAAAGAUGGUGUCCAGCUACUGAGUGCUUCACCUAGCAGCACUCUUUUACCAUCAUACUAGUCUAGAUUUAUCCCUCAGUUAAGUAUAUCUCCUCUGGAUUUAGCUGCUUAGCCCCAGCAUGAACCUCAUUCUGUGCUAUCUGCCCAGCCUCUGAUCUCCACUUUCUGCUUAUUUCUCUGUUUAGACUAGAUGGCAAAUCUACCAUAUGUUUCUCUCAUGUUACUGUCUUACAAGGUCUCAUAUGUUACUUCCAGGUCAUUAAUGAAAACAGUAAAUAAAAGGGCGUAAGACCAUUCUUGCUGCACACCUCACUGGCUCUGCACUUUGCCAGCUGCAAGGGUAUUUUCUAUACACUCCCUCAGACAGUUCAUAUCUUGUGCCAGAGAAACAACAAAUUUGAUUUAAGUAUAAGAUUCUGUGACAUGUUUGGUCAUAAUCCAACCAUCUCACAGCUCUCAUUUCUCUUCACAGCCCAUUUGCUUAAGUGCACUAUAGAAGUUCGAAGGGGGGAAAAAAGCAGAUUAAUUUUAUUUUUUUGGCAAAUGUAUUCCUCAUAAACCUUCCAUUACUGUCUUUUGCACUUGUUUUUGUGUGGAAAAGCUGAAAAGCUUCUAACUUGAGUUUGUGUGACUUUAAUUCUGAACAUAUUUUUGUAGGUCUUGUAUUUUUACCUUCAGUUUUUCAAACUAAGUAGCUAUUCAGUAAAUAGCCAGGUAUUAGCAGCUUUUAGACUGUUGUUCAUAUAAAGCAGGCAAUUCACAUUUUCAUUUCUCUACAUUCUGUUUCCUUUAUAAAUUUUCCACUGGACUUUUCCUCAACAAACUUUGUCCUCCAUAUCAAGUGCACUCCUUCAAGUUGGCUAGAUACAUUUCAGUAACUGGUUUUACUAUGGAGCGCAAGAUGUUUGCACAAGCAGCACACCAAAACUGCUGGGAUGUGAGCAAAUGCUUAUUUGAAAGGCCAGUGCUUGAACUAGUAAUAGGUUUGGCUGAGACUGGCUUCAUUUAGCCAGCACGCUAAUCCCAGCAGCGUCCAAAGUAGCGUCUGGAGUCUGUGAGGCUGUGUCAGGACUUACGGACUUCCAGCAAGCUGAGGGAGGGGGGAGAUGUGGCUCAAAGCACAGGCCACCCAAUUGCUGAGCUAUCUACUAUUGCACACCAGUGAUCUGAAAAAGGUGAUGUUUGUGUGUGUGAGUAUAUGUGCACAGGGUUGUCUGUCCAGUAUUGGGGGGGGGGGGGCCCACACUGAGAGUCUGCGUUUUACGGUCAGGAGCAGUUUAAGCUUGCCUCCCACAAAUAAAGCCUUAAAAAGUUUUGCAUCACAUGGCUUAAGAUAAAAAAUGUUCUUCUCUAUUUGAGAAUACUAAUGCUCAGGCAUGACUUUUGUGCGGAAAUAUUAAUUAUUGGUCUGCAGUGUUGAUUAAAUUGUUAUGAGAGCUAUGCCCAGAUCCUUGCUUAUGUGGCCAUCAACAACUUAGUGCUUGCUGUGACAGUAUUUUUAAUAGCGUGUUUUUAAUUAUACCCUUCCUGGGGCUGGACUACUUUGGCAAAGAGGGAUCUUUACUUGCUCAACUAGUUAUUGCCCUGUCUUGUAUUCUUUGGCCACAAAACACACACUUCUAUACAGUGUUUGCAUAACUGGGGAGAGGGGGGAGUUAUUUUUUAUGAACUCUUGAUUCUGUCUGUGUCUCUAUUUCUGCUUGUACUAACUAGUUUUGACCAUAGGGUUAGCAAACUAGAUUUUUUUAGUCUGAAAUAGUUUGCUAACAAAAAAAGUUACAUUUUCCGGCAAUUUUUUCUCGUUGUCCAGUAGUCCAUCUCCAUGUGUUUUCUACUUCAUCCAAAUCAUGACUAAGUAUCUUAGCCAUGUCAUAACUACCCAAAGCCCUAUCUGUUGUCCUGUCAACCUUAAGUCCUCCUUAUUUUUUCAAUUCUUUACAUUGGUGAGUUUAAAAACAAGACUUCUGCUUUCACAUUUGAAUGCCAUAUAAAUACAGAGUUCAUCUUUUUGCUAGAUUAAAAUUUAAUAGAUAACUUCUUGCCUUCAUUAACUGAAUAUCAAUAAACUGGCAAUUAGUUGACAUUAAGACUACAUUUAUCUUGAAGAUACAAGGUCAAAGGAGUUUUUUUAGGGUGGGUUUUUUUGGUGGUGGUGGUGUUUUCCCAAAAUUUUCUGCUCUGAUGGAGAUUUUUCACUGUCGUGUUGUUCUCAGACUAUUAUAUCUUGGGUACAAAAUGUAGUUCAGCAGGUGCUUGGAGUUGAAAAUGCUGAACAAGAUCAGCUCUAUAUUAGUGCUUUGAGUGGUAGUGUCAAGCUUGGUGUCAUAUGAAUCUCUGCCCAAAACAAUGAUUAUAAGCAACUGCACAUGCUAUUUAGGAGAAAAGCAAGCUUCUGUGGUUCAAAACGGCCUCAGAGCUUUUUGGUUUUCAAGGCUUGUGCUUAGAUUUUUGGGGGGAGAUUUGACUUUCUAGCUGAAUGGGAAGGUCUCAGUGCUGAUACAACUUCUGGGGAUAUUUUGGAUUGGGGGAAAAAUGGGAUUUCUGUGUAGGUAGCCAAGUCUGUGCUACUUGGAUAACAUAGGAGAUGCAAGUUUUUCAGUGACAGAUCAGUGUGACUUUGUUUGCCAGACAAAGGUUUCAAGUUUAAACUUUGAGGGGGCAUACUGGGAUUGACUGAGAGGGUGCAAGCUUAGAGUUCCCUUGACAAAGGUUCAGUGCAGUUUACUGCACAUUUUG